CUGAGAGUCUGUCAGAGCUGCUGCUGAUCUCACGCAGGACGCCGCCGCUGCUCGUUCCUCCUCCAUGACUCUGGAUUAUAAAUAUGUAUUUUGUCAUUUCUGCCAUGAAAGCUCAAAUUGAAAUCAUCCCCUGUAAGAUCUGUGGAGAUAAAUCAUCAGGGAUCCACUACGGCGUGAUCACCUGCGAGGGCUGUAAGGGCUUCUUCAGACGGAGUCAGCAGAGCAACGCCACCUACUCGUGUCCUCGCCAGAAAAACUGCCUGAUCGACCGGACGAGCCGGAACCGCUGCCAGCACUGCCGUCUGCAGAAAUGUCUGGCUGUGGGAAUGUCCCGAGACGCGGUGAAGUUUGGUCGCAUGUCUAAGAAGCAGCGCGACAGUUUGUACGCUGAGGUCCAGAAGCAUCGUCUCCAGCAGCAGCAGCAACAGCAGCAGCAGCAGCAGCAGGGCUCCCUCCUCCUGACCCGGCCCAGCCUCGGCAGCCCGAGCCCGGGGGAGGCCGAGUCUCUGUCCCCCCACUACACGCUGUCCUCCAGCGGCCUCACAGAGCUGCCCGACGAGGCCGGACGCUACCUGCAGCAGGACUCACCUGAGGGAGGGUCGCUGUCAUCCAAGGCAGACUCUGGUGGAGGAGGAGGGGAAGGUGGAGGUUUCUACCUGGACAUCCAGCCGUCUCCGGACCAAUCAGGGCUCGAUAUUAACGGCAUCAAACCGGAGCCUCUGUGCGACUAUGGAUCCAGCAACGGAUUCUUCCCGUACUGCUCCUUCAGUAAUGGAGACGCGUCGCCCACCGUGUCCAUGGCCGAACUCGAUCACCUGGUCCAGAUCAUCUCCAAGUCUCACCUGGAGACGUGUCAGUACCUGAAGGAGGAGCUGCAGCAGAUGAGCUGGCAGAGCUUCGAGCAGGACGAGGUGGAGACGUACCAGAGCAAGCCGCGGGAGGUGAUGUGGCAGCUGUGUGCUGUGAAGAUCACCGAGGCUAUUCAGUACGUGGUGGAGUUCGCCAAACGCAUCGACGGCUUCAUGGAUCUCUGCCAGAAUGACCAGAUCGUGCUGCUGAAAGCUGGUUCUCUGGAGGUCGUCUUUGUACGAAUGUGUCGGGUGUUCGACUCUCAGAACAACACCGUCUACUUCGAUGGGAAGUUUGCAGGUCCGGACGUCUUCAAAGCUUUAGGUUGCGAUGACUUGAUCUCGUCGGUGUUUGACUUCGCCAAGAGCUUGUGUUCGCUGCAUCUGUCGGAGGACGAGCUCGCCCUCUUCUCGGCGUUCGUUCUUCUCUCCGCGGAUCGAUCUUGGCUGCAGGAGAAGCUGCAGGUGGAGAAGCUGCAGCAGAAAACGCAGCUGGCUCUGCAACACGUCCUGCAGAAGAACCAGAGGGAGGAUGGAGUUCUCAACAAGCUCAGAGUGAAGGUAUCGACGUUGCGCUCUCUCUGCAGUCGUCACACGGAGAAGCUCUCGGCGUUCAGAGCCGUUUACCCCGACAUCGUUCGAUCACACUUCCCUCCACUGUACAAGGAGCUGUUCGGAGCCGACCUGGAACUCGCUCUGCAGACCAGCGACUGAUCGGUGAUCCACGCCGAACCGAGCUUCUGGAUCCAGACGCUGGUUUCCACGGACACGGAGGACGAGCCGGCGACUCACAGCCAGAGACAGUUACUGCGUGGGCGCCGAGCUCCUGAAACAGAGACAUGGACUCGUCUUCAGCUCUGAGUCUGGAAGCAGCGAGGAUCAGGUGGUUUCAUCAACACACGUCCAGCAUCAGACUCAGCUCUGACAUUAAGAAGCACUUUCAGUUCUCACACUGAAACCUGGUUUCUGUUUCCUUCACCAGAUUAUCAGAGACAUUAUCAGUUACUUUCCUAGAAACACAGCGACUCUUUGCAGGACGAGCGGUUGCUGACUAAAAACCAGAUGCAUGCAGCGAAUUCAUCUUCAUACGACACCCACCUGCCACAAAUACACAUUAGACAUUACUGUAAUUAUUCCUCCUCGACUUACUGGCUGCACAGUAGCAACAGUCUGAAGAACAAAAUCCAAAGUUCAUCUGAAGUUCAUACGAUGCUUUGGCAGUCUGAGUUCAAAUCGCAAUGUCAAACAAUGCAAUAAACACAUCGCAAAUAUUAGAUCGUCGUCUUUUUCCCCCCAGUUGAAUUUAAAAAUGUGUACUUUCAUAUCUUCUAUAUUCACUACAUGUAAAGUGAAAUAUUUCAAACCUUUUUUGGGGGGUUUUAAUUGUGAUGAUUAUGGCUUACAGCAUAAAAAGUCAGAAAUUCAGUAUCUUAAAGUAUUAGAGAAUUCUCUAAGAUCAGUUUAAAAAAACAAAAAUGUCCAACUAGGACAUUUUAGAGCACUUUUACAGACUUUAAACUGUCAUUAUAUUACCGAUUUAAGCUGCAACGUCUGUCAGAAAAAUUGCAAUUAAAAUUUUUACCCCAAAUUAUUCAGUUCCAGACGGAAAAAAACAGCAACUCUCAAAUAUCAUCAAACAGUGAGAUGUGUGUGGAGCAAUAAGGAAUCUAACAUUACUCACAUUAAUGUAUUAAAUAAACAAAUGCCACAUUUCCAUCAUGUUCUCUACUUUACUUUUAGCUCCUCUUCUUCUGCAAAAUGAUCAGCUGGGACCAAAAAUAUUAGUUGAUGGAUUUUUCCCAACAAUAAAACAUCAUGUUUUUUUAAAAAGUCAUAUUUCACAA